GUCAACAACCACUCUGGUUCAUCCUUUCUCUUCCUCUCUGUUUUCCCCAAUAUACAGGCCAUCUGGCCAUGGAUGCGCAUGGCGCAGCUCCCGGUGUCAAGUUACAGACCAAGAAACGGCUAAGCGACACGACGGCGUGAUGACGUACCCGCCGAACCUGUUCUCAACGGUGGGCAGGGAACAGCGGCGGCCGGCCGUGGAGCUAAGGAAGAGAUUGACGCUCAUGAGGUCUUGCCAUUGCCAAUGAAGAAGCCGCGGACGGCGAGGACGAAGCUGGCGGCCUCUGGUGGAGCUUAGGGGCGGUGUUGGUACGCUGCAGCCUCCAUGCCCCUACUCCCAUGUGCUCGACGACGACAUGAGCUCACUGCGGUGUCGAUGCUUUCAUGGACGAUGCAGCUAAGUUGUUCGAUGAAAUGGACACAAGUUUUUUUUCCUUGGAAUUUGACGUACUGUUAUCUCCGCUCUUAAUAAUAUUUUACCCAUUAUCUGCUUCAGGCUUUCUUAUGAAGACAUUAUAAAUUCAAGAAGGCCGUUAUAAUAAUAUAACCCCUAUUCCCUGUGAAGUGCUAACUGGCAAUUGAACUUCUUUGGUGUGCCUAGCAGUCGGGACAUGUAUCUAGUCUCAACAGUUCACAUCAUGAUAAUUGUCCCUCUGAUUAAACCUGAUGACUACUCCAUUGCCUGCCGGUUGUUUUUCUUAGAUAAGAUGCUAAAACACUAGAUAAGAUGCCAUGACAUAGGCACUAACUACUCCUACUUAUCCUAGAGAUGGAGCUCCAAAAUAUCAAAGACACAAGACUUAUUCCUUCAAAUAGUGCCUCUGAUUAAACCUGAUGACUACUACACUACCUGCAAAUGCAAGUUGUUUUUCUUAGAUAAUGGAUAUAAGUUCUGGCUUUAGUCUUUCGUCAUGGAACAGGCUACAAAUACACCCAAAAAUUACUCUGCAAUUUGUAGUGAUUGUAACUGAAAGCAAUGGAAGUUCCGUUCAGUUCUCUUCUUUUCAACAUGAGUGUCUUGCUUGUGCAUAGUACCAUAGACCAACUAGUUGAUUGGUCAGUUUUCAGUAUAUCCGCAUCCAAGUUAAAUAUUGGAGACAAUUCAAUGCAACUUGGAUGUUUCCACAUUGUAGUUGACUGGAAUAAAUAACUUCUGAUAAUAUCCAAGUAUAUACAGAAAUUUCAGUAGCCCAUGUUACUUCUAUGACUUAGUCUAGUUAUAUAUUAGUCAUUUCCCUUGUCUAUCUAUGACUUAGUCUACUUAUAUAUUAGACUUGGUCACAUGUUACUUCCUCUAUAUUUAGGCCAACCCUCCCCCCUCUAUAUCUGAAUCUGUAUAACACAUAUUAGUUCAAAUCAGUUGCAUGCAUACAGGAGCCCCAAGAUCAGGAGCAGGACACAUUUUUGCAGAGCUGGUAAUGAUGUCAGAAGCGUUCAGUUCUGCUGUCGUUGGGGAAGCAGUUAGCAGGAUAUUCUCUGCUAUCAUCAGCAAACACGAGGAUGGCUCAGGUGAAGAGAGUGAGUUAGAGAGGUUGGAGAUGGCGCACAUCAAAAUGGAGGCAGCAAUUGACACAUCCAACAAGUGGCAGAUCACCGAUAUGCCGCUGUUGCGUUGGAGAAAGAAGCUGAAGCGUGCUGCUCAAGAGUGCGAAGACAUGCUGCGUGAAUGCAAGCAGAGUACUCUGGGAAGAUGAAGAGACCAAAAAGCAGGUCAGGGAAUACUCUUUUCCUAGACGUGUUGCUUACCACCAAAUGACUGGUCUCCUCUUUCAUCAAUCACACUAGUGAUGAAUGCUCAAGCAAGGCCAUGGUGCAAAGAUUCGAGAGGCUUGCAGAGGGUGCUGAUGAUUUCUUGAGAUAUGUGCAGCUUGGCGGAACACCAAAGCAAUAUUUGUUCUUCGAUCCUCUCAUUAGCAACCUUUUUGCUGGAAAACUUGUAGAGCACAAAACGAUGCACCAUGGAAGCCAAUACCGUUACUUCGCCAUACGGCCCAUGAGCUUCGAGGAGCGUGGACUAGAGGCCAUGCUAUCAUUCAUCUAUGAAGAUAGCAAGGCACCUCACAACAGCUUUCGCUUAGGGUUUAUGCUGCGUCUUUCUGAGAGUACCGACAUCAUUGAGAUUGCAAUCAAGUGUCUGCAUCUGGUGACGCCUCACUUCAAAUCUACUGCUGAGAUUGUUAUGAAGCAGCUCACUCAGCUUCCAACGCAGGAUUUCUCUUCGUCAUCUCAAUGCAAUACAACAUAUAGCAGCAAUGCUCACUGGAAUAACGUUCACGACACUUUGACCCAAUGGUUCCGCCCAGAUCCUUUAUGCUGCAAAGGAUAUGAUUAUGAACACAAGUUGCCUGCUUGUAGCACUACUGCAGAUGCAUCAUCGACGCUAUCCAACAUAUUUCCUGAACCUGUCUGUGAAGUGUUUUUGCAGCGUCACAUCUCGGUAUCCGAGUACAACAACCUGCAGGGAUCAAGUUGCAGUAGUUCAUCUUCUCAAGAGGAUGCACAAGCACAGGCACCUCUGAAGCUGGGAGUUCUCUUCAACCCACAUGAUGGCAUCGUCAAUGAACUUAACAGUACUACCGGAGUUCAGAUUCAGAGCUCUGCAACAGAAGCAAUUGAUGGGGAGAAGCAGCCUCGCACACAUGUCAAUGUCCAUCCACACCAACUUGAUGAGAUGCUGAUACCAAAGGCAAUAGACUAUCUGUACAAUAAUUCUGGGGCGACCAUAUGCCAGAUAUCUUGGAGGUCCAGACACGGCAGUGCACACCUUUGUGUAGAGAAAACAACAAAGCAGAUGACAAGGACUCGCAGGGUCACGCGAACAGCAGGUAGAAACAAGAGCAGCAAGGGGCUUCAACUGGAGGACCAGAUAAAGAAAGUGCAGUGGAAGCAGGUCACAGAAGAUUUUUUGAAACUUAUGGCUGUGCGUAAGUCGGACAGAUUGCAGGGCUCUAUUACCAUAUGGCUCGACAGGUACUAGUGUGUUCUAGAUAUUGCUCAAGGCCGUAUUUAGUUCCUUAUGGAAAAAAUUUCACGAUACUGUAGCAUUUUUGUUUGUUUGUGUUAACUAUUGUCCAACCAUAGACUAACUAGGCUUAAAAGAUUCGUCUCGUAAAUUCCGACCAAACUGUGCAAUUAGUUUUUAUUUUCGUCUAUAUUUAAUAUUACAUACAUGCGUCUAAAGAUUCGAUGUGACGAGGGAUCUUGAAAAAUUUUGGGUUUUUUAGUGGAAGUAAACAAGGCCCAAAUACUUCAGGCGGUCUCUCCCUGGAUUUUCUAUACCUGUCCACUGUAUCCUGUAAAAUUUCUGUGUUACAGAAACCUUAUGGGAUUGUAUCUGGUAUAUAUCUGAUUCUACUUGCUGUAUUAUGGUUAUGUUGUACUAUUGUAGUUUUUCCAUAUUGUACCUGAUAUACUGUAAUAACUACUACUAAUAGAUUAUAGAUAGUGCAACAGUUUGCUCAUUUAGAGAGGACGGAGAGAGUUGACUAAUUCGCAUUCUUGGAAAAUUCUGGUUUCAAAGGUGAUGUGUAUUUUCUGUCAGGCCUCAUGAUAAAUCUGCUUAUCAAUUCAGCUGUGUGGUUUUCAUGCAAAAGCAGGGUGGGCUGCAGAACUAUAUACCCGUUGGCUGAUAUCAGAUUCGCUGUACGAAUGUGAUUUGUUUGGUUUAGUUCAUUAUAUGUAUGCAGCACUG